CAUCUUCACCGAUGGCGAAGACCAAGAACUCAAGCAGAGAAUUGGAAAUGUCAUCAACACCAAUUGUUCUUCGGCUCACAGCCGCCAAGCCUUAUCCUGCAAGAUGGCGGUGGAAUAUGACAAGUUCAUUGAAUCCGGACGGAAGUGGUUUUGCCACGUGGACGAUGACAACUACGUGAAUGUCCGGAUGUUGGUCAAACUGCUCUCCAGCUAUGCUCACACGCAGGAUAUCUACAUUGGGAAGCCCAGUUUGGACAGGCCCAUCCAGGCCACCGAGAGAAUCAGCGAGAACAAGAUGUUCUGGUUUGCCACAGGUGGUGCUGGAUUUUGCAUCAGCAGAGGCCUGGCCCUCAAGAUGAGCCCAUGGGCUAGCCUUGGCAGCUUCAUCAGCACUGCAGAGAGAAUUCGCCUCCCUGAUGAUUGCACCAUUGGCUACAUCAUUGAGGGGCUCUUGGAAGUGAAACUGUUGCACAGCCCUUUAUUCCACUCUCAUCUGGAAAACCUACAGCGGCUGCGUGGUAGAGCUGCACUCAGACAAGUUACCUUGAGUUAUGGUGGCCCUGAGAAUAAACACAAUGUUGUCAGUGUGGGUGAAGUAUUCAGUAUACAACAAGAUCCAACUCGGUUCAAAUCUGUUCACUGCCUCCUCUACCCUGAAACACUGUGGUGUCCUACCGUAACAGUGAAAUGACAUCUCACCUUUCCUGUGAAUCUCUUACGCAGCUUACUUUAAAUGAAUAGCCAGAGCUAUAUACCGGAGGAAGAAGAAAGACAAAGCAAGUCCCAGAUAAACCAGCCACUCUUCAAAAUAAUACUAGAGAACUUUGGACAGGGGCACAUUAUAAAUAAUAUCCACAAUGUUUAUUUUGGUGUCUUAAAUAUAUCCUUGCUGAGCCAUAAUCCUUCCCACAUUGUAGGAAUACACUUUCAAUGUAAAGCUGCAGUCUGGCACUGUAGCAAUAUGGCUGAUAAAAAGACAUUUAUAGAAAUGUUUGGAGCAAAGCAUAGCUUUUUUGUUUUUAUUAGAACAAGUAUUCUUAUUUGGGAAGGUAGUAUAAUCAAAGUAUUUUUGUUAAUUCUGCUUUACCAACUGUAUUCCUGUGGAACCACAGUAGAAAUGUUAGAAAUGUCAUCUCUUACAGGUUGCAUAUGAGAUAAGCCAAUCCCUAGCAACUUCUCUGCUCUAUGCAGUACCAGAAUCUCUUUCCUUCAUGGCAAGUUCGCUUUCCUUCUUCCCUUUUCAUAAGUUCUCCACUGUUGCAGUCAAGUCCCAAGUGAUUGGUCUUCAAUAUUUUCUAACCACUAAUUGUUUCAAAAUAUUGAAACAGAUAUUUCUGUUGGCUGGGCCAUCAUCUGAAUCUUACAUAUUGCAUCUAGACUUCCUGGUGUGAUACAUCCAACACCCAGUAGAUUGGAUCUUUUAGCAAAUGUGUUUGUAAAAGGAUAGAUCAUGAAGGGUUUUUUGAGGGUUUUCCACUGGUUCCAUGAUCAACUUAGUCACUUAAUAAAAGAUAUUUCUGAGUCA